AUGAAGUGGAAGGAGGACAUAUGUUUGGAGGAGCUGCCCAAGUCGCCGGGCACUGAAAGCACUGCUAUCUCGCUGUCGGAUGUCGAAAAGGAUAUUCUCGACAAGCAGGUGAAUGCGCCGCCGUCGCAGCCGGGCUUCUUUGGUAUCUAUCGCUAUGCUAGUCGCUGGGAUAUCUUCCUCAUUGUCUUGAGUUCGAUUGCUUCGAUAGCUGGAGGUGCUGCUCUGCCUUUAUUCACGGUCCUCUUUGGCAACCUCACCUCGACCUUUCAAGACAUCGCCGUAGGGACCAUCACCUACGAGCACUUUCACGACGAACUCAACAAAUACGUCGUCUACUUUAUCUACCUCGCCAUCGCCGAGUUCCUUACCAUCUACAUUGCCACAGCCGGGUUCAUCUACACCGGCGACCAUGUGGUCCAGCGGAUCCGCGUGGAGUAUCUGCGUGCUAUCCUGCGCCAGAACAUCGCCUUCUUCGAUAACCUCGGGGCUGGUGAAAUCACCACCCGAAUCACCGCAGACACCAACCUGAUCCAGGAUGGAAUCUCCGAAAAAGUCGGCCUGGCGCUGACCGGAUUGUCCACGUUUGCCACGGCAUUCAUCAUCGCCUACAUCAAGUACUGGAAGCUGGCCUUGAUCUGUAGCGCAACCCUCAUUGCCCUACUUGUUAUCAUGGGGGGCGGGUCCAUGUUCUCCCUGGUGUACAGCAAGAAAUCGCUGGAAUGUCAGGGUCGCUGCGGCAGUUUCGCCGAGGAUAUCCUUGAUUCAGUCAGGACGGUGGUUGCGUUUGAUGCCCAGAACGUUCUGUCGUCCAAGUACGACGCCCACUUGAAGGAGUCCGAAGGGCCAGCCAGAAAGUCGCAGAUCAUCUUUGCUAUCAUGGUGGGAGCAUUACUCUCCUGUAUUCAUCUCAACUAUUCCCUCGGCUUCUGGCGCGGGAGUAUCUUCCUCGUGCAUAGAGAUAGCGGUGUCCAGGCAGGCGAUAUCCUGACCAUUCUCAUGUCCAUCAUGCUUGGGUCCUACCAUCUGGGCAACGUGGCCCCCAACACCCAGGCCAUCUCCAAUGCCGUGGCCGCAGCAUCCAAGCUGUACAGCACCAUUGACCGUCCCUCGCCGUUGGAUGCCUCGUCUGAGCAGGGCCUCAAACUCAGCCACAUCAAGGGCAACAUUGUCCUGCAGAACAUCCGCCACGUCUACCCUUCUCGUCCGGAGGUCAUCGUCGCCAACGACCUCAGCGUCUACAUCCCCGCUGGCAAGACCACCGCAUUCGUGGGACCCUCUGGCUCCGGCAAAAGCACCAUCAUCGGCCUGAUCGAGCGCUUCUACAACCCCGUGGCCGGCCGCAUCACCCUCGACGGCCAUGACCUGCAAACCCUCAACCUGCGCUGGCUGCGACAGCAAGUCGCUUUGGUCUCCCAAGAACCCCGACUCUUCUCGGCCAGCAUCUACCAGAACAUCAAGUUCGGCCUCAUCGGGUCCGAGUACGAGCACGAAAGUGAAGCCCAAAUCACCAAGCGCAUCCACGAUGCUGCCCGCAUGGCCAACGCCCACGACUUCAUCAUGGCCCUUCCCAGCCGCUACGACACCAACAUCGGGUCCUUCUCCCUCUCCGGUGGCCAGAAACAACGCAUCGCCAUCGCCCGCGCCAUCGUCAAAGACCCCCAACUACUCCUCCUCGACGAAGCGACAUCCGCGCUGGACGCCAAGUCGGAAGAAAUCGUGCAAUCAGCCCUAGACAAAGCCUCCAAGGGCCGCACCACCAUCGUCAUCGCCCAUCGUCUCUCCACCAUCAAAGAAGCCCACAACAUCGUCGUCCUCGUCAACGGUCACAUCGUCGAACAAGGCGCCCACGCCCCCCUCAUGGACCGCCGCGGCGUCUACCACGACAUGGUCGAGGCGCAACAAAUCAAACAACGCGAAGAAAAGAAGCGCCACGAAUCCAUGACCUUCUUCUUCGACGACGACUACAUCGAAACCUACCCCAUGCAAGACGAAGACCUCCUCAGCGACGACGCCUCCGACAUCGGCCUCCGCACCGGCAGCAAACAUCGCCGCCGCCGCACACGCAUGUCCAUGUUCAUCGCCCCCUUGCCCUCCAAGCUCAAACAAACCUUCUCCCUCUGGUCCCUCUUCCAAUUCCUCGCCUCCUUCAACCGCCCCGAAUGGCCCAUCAUGUUCCUCGGCCUCCUCGCCUCCAUCAUCGCCGGCGGCAUCCAACCCUCGCAAGCCGUCCUCUUCGCCAAAGCCGUCAGCACCCUCAGCCUUCCCCCCAUCGAAUACCCCAAACUCCGCCACGACGCCAACUUCUGGUCCCUCAUGUUCUUCAUGAUGGGCAUGGUCACCCUCUUCAUCUACAGCCUCCAAGGCACCCUCUUCGCCUACAGCUCCGAACGCAUGAUCUACCGCGCCCGCAGCCAGGCCUUCCGCGUCAUGCUCAACCAAGAAAUCUCCUUCUUCGACAAAGAAGAAAACACCACCGGCGCUCUCACCUCCACUCUCUCCGCCGAAACCAAACAACUCGCCGGCAUCAGCGGCGUCACCCUAGGCACCAUCCUCAUCGUCACCGUCAACCUCGCCGCCUCCCUCAUCGUCGCCCUAAUCAUGGGCUGGAAACUCGCCCUCGUCUGCAUCUCCGCCGUCCCCGUCCUCCUCGCCUGCGGCUUCAUCCGCGUCUGGAUGCUCGACAAAAUCCAACGCCGCGCCAAAUCCGCAUACCAGAAAUCCGCCAGUUCCGCCUGCGAAGCCGCCUCCGCCAUCCGCACCGUCGCCUCCCUCACAAUGGAACCCGCCGUGCUGACCUCCUACGAAUCCCAACUCCACAACCAACUCCGCAGCGACAUCUUCCCCAUCAUUAAAUCCUCCGCCCUGUACGCAAGCUCCCAAGCCCUCCCCUUCCUCUGCAUGGCCCUCGGCUUCUGGUACGGCGGCUCCCUCCUCGGCAAGGGCCAAUACACCGUCUUCCAAUUCUACGUCUGCUUCAGCGAAGUCAUCUUCGGCGCCCAAGCCGCAGGGACCAUCUUCUCCCACGCCCCGGACAUGGGCAAGGCCAAGAACGCCGCCGUGGAAUUCAAAAAACUCUUCCGGAACCAAUCCAUCAACGCGUACAAAAGCACGGGCGUGCACGUGUCCAGUAUGCAGGGGGAGGUCGAAUUCCGCGAAGUCUCCUUCCGAUACCCGACGCGUCUGGAACAGCCUAUCCUCCGCCACUUGAAUCUCAAAGUCAAACCAGGACAGUACGUAGCAUUGGUCGGAUCCAGCGGCAGCGGGAAAAGUACCAUCAUUGCCCUCUUGGAACGGUUCUACGAGGCUCAGGUGGGCGAGAUAUACAUUGACGGACGGAAUAUUAAUGCGUUGGAUCGACGGUCGUAUAGAAGUCAUCUUGCCUUGGUGAGUCAGGAACCGUCGUUGUUUCAUGGCACUAUUAAGGAAAAUAUUCUUCUGGGAUGUACGGAUCGCGAGAAUGUGAGUGAGGAGAUGUUGGUGAGGGCGUGUAGGGAUGCGAAUAUUUAUGAUUUUAUCAUGUCUUUACCACAAGGCUUCGAAACCCUAGUCGGCAACAAAGGCGGAAUGCUCUCCGGCGGCCAGAAGCAACGUAUUGCGAUUGCGCGCGCCCUAAUCCGCAACCCGAGGAUCUUGCUUCUCGAUGAAGCUACGUCGGCGUUGGAUUCCGAGUCCGAGAAAGUGGUGCAGGCGGCGUUGGAUGCGGCGGCCAAGGGGAGGACGACGAUUGCGGUGGCACAUCGGUUGAGUACGAUUCAACGAGCGGAUAUGAUUUAUUUUCUGGAACAGGGGGAGGUGAUUGAGUGUGGGACGCAUAAGGAGUUGUUGAGGAGGAGGGGGAGGUAUUUUGAAAUGGUGAAUUUGCAGAGUUUGAGGUGA